AAAGCAUGGUCUGUAUUGUGUGGUUACAUAGUGAAAACGGUGACUAAUCACUGUCUUCUGUCUUAUAUAAGAGAACCUGAACCAUUCAUUCAUAAUUCUGUGUGAUGGAAUCAGGAGCAACUCUACAUUAGAUCCUGGUGGACUGAGAAGUUAUGAUUGCACACAUUAUAUGGCACUCCCAAGGACAACACAUGAGGAAACUCCUGCUGUGUGUUCUGUUAUUAUUGAUCGUAGGAGUUGUGACGGGACAGCGCAGUGUGAGCAACAAAGGGGAUUGUUCUAAAAAUGAAUACUGGAGCGACGGGCUCUGCUGUGACAAAUGUGCUCCAGGGUAUAAGUUGAUAAAGAAAUGCUCUAGUGGAGUGCAGUCUGAAUGUGUGAAAUGUUCAGAUGGGACGUACCAAGACAGUAUGAAUUAUUUUCCGAACUGCUUCAGAUGCCAGAAAUGCACCAAGCGUCAUGCAGUGGUGAUUUCACCAUGUACACACCAAAAUAACGCAGUUUGUGGAUGUCAGCCUGGAUUCCGGAAAAGAUCCUUAGAUGGGGAUUCAUUAUUCAGUAUUUCAUGGGAUUGUGUGCCCUUCAAAAGGACUCAAAUGCAGAAAAUGAAUAACGCAGGUCUACCUCAACCACUGUCUGGCAUUAACAAUCAAAUUACCUCUGACAAAAGUGCACUAAAAGUUAAAUGUUUUUAGUUUUUAUUCAUUUCAUAUAUUCAUUUUAUAUCAUAUUUUUAAUCAUAAUAUUUAAAGGAUGAACAUUAAGACUGAAUUGUGUUUACUUCAUUAUCCCUACAUUAUUUUUUUUUACAUAAUUAUUAUUAUUAGUAUUAUUAUGAGCUCAGUGAGGUUCACCUCAAAACUGUGGAGUCACUGCUUGUUUGCAAACAGAGACUGAAGACUUUUUGUACUCUUUUAUUAAUAUUCUGUAAAUAUUAUUGUAACUUGUUUACAGUGUUUUUAACUUUUUCUUUUCUAUCUAUGGAACUUGUGUGUGCACCUGUGUCCUUAAGAAAGAUAAUAAUAAUAAUGAUAGUACAUUAUUUUAGAAAAAUGUAUGUAUCAAAUGAUAGCUAACAGAUAUUAAUUGAAUGUUUAUUUGUACAUCUCUCAGUCAUAAUUGUAGGCAUUGUUAUUGUAUGUUUUGCCCUUACAAAGCUUUGAUCUUAAAGCUUGAAGAUCAUCUUAUAAGACAUAUUAUUGGAAAACAGAGUGAAGACUGAUAUACAUUAGGUUAUCAGAAUUUCAACUAACAUAUAAAUAACAACUACAUUAUUUCAUAUUUUUGCUAAGUUUGGACCUCUAAAUAAAACAGAUGUUUUUCCCUCUAAAUUGUCCUAUAUCAUGAUAUAUUGUAUGCCUCAUGUAAAACAUUAAACACAUGCAAACUA